CUUCCUUUUAGUUCAGGCGGGAUACAUGAACGCAUUAGAGGGACGCGGUUUUAUCUAAAACGUUCCGAAUUAGAUAAUUUAACGUUUUAACUUAAAUAAAUGCUUUAAUUAUUAGUGUUCAUUAUGUUUAACUAGGUCAGUUUCUUUGCCAGCUAAUAAUUAAUUAGCUCGUUUUCUAGCAACAACCUAUGUUGUUGUUGUAGCUUAACAUCUUUUUCUAAGUUAUGGACCGACCAUCGAGGAAAACGAAGGCUGUGAAUUAUUGUGAAUCCAAAGACUUUGACGACGUUUCAGACGAUGAUUUUACCUGCUCGAAAGCACCACCGAGCAAAAAGGUCAAAGAGGAUGUGAGACCGGAGCAGAGAUCAACAAGCAAGUCCACCAGUCAGGAGACCAGUUCUCAUUUGAUGCAGAUUGAGAAGAUCAGAAAACCGCUGGAUGAAAAGUUACAUGAAAGAGAUCUUGAAGCUGCCAUCACACUGUCCCUGCUCAAUACAACUGACGGGUUAAAGGACACUCCUAACUGUGAAGAUGUUCAAGAUGAAAACACAGACCCUGCUUCUCUGCACCGGUCCAAUUGCAGCGUGGAUGCUGCAGUUUUGGGUUUAGACAGAAUCACAUCAGAGAGAAGAUCACCAGCCUCUGCUAGGAAAGUUAAAGCUGCUGAGGUAGAAAGAACAAAGGAUGAAGAUGAGGACUAUCAGCCCAAACUGACACCAGAUUCAGAAAGUGAUGAAGAUUACAGCGAGCCAGCCGAGAGCGAUGACGAGGAAUUUGCAGUAAAGAAARUCAGCAAGAAUAAAAAGAAAGAGAAAGUAACAAAAAAAGACAAAACCAAAAAGGCUCCUGCACCUAAAAAGCAAAAACAACCAUCAAAUCCAUCAGUGAGAACUCCUCCAUCAGCCAAAUCUGCUCCCGUAAGACCCGCUUCAUCCACGACAGUUUCUGCUCCAAAGCCUGCAGCCUCUCUGAGCCCAGCAGGGGGCAGAAUACCCAAAUGGACCCCUCCAGCUCAAAUAGGUAAAAGUCCACCGUCGGCUCAGAGUCCAGCAGGGAAGUCCCCCGGUCCCAGUCCUGGUCUGCGACUGGGACUGUCCCGCCUUGUUCGAGUCAAACCUCUUCACCCGAGUCUUACGAGUCACUGACCAAGGCAGAGACUUGGACAGUGGGGGUGAAAUAUGGCUGCUCCUUUUAGUUUGUCAGAUAUUUUUAAACAGAUGCUUGUAUCGAUUUUUUUUUUCAUGUUUUGACAGAAAACAGGAUUCAGUGAGGAGACAUCUUAAAGCUUGUUCAAUAAAAACAAAGCAGCUGUUUGCUUGUUGACUCUAAAAUCUUCAGCUGAUUAUCAGGAAUGUUUUUUUAAUGAUCUGAGUCAGUUCAGAAAAAAAUGUCUUUUUCUAACCCCUGAAUAUUUUUGUUUUGUUUACAAUUGAAAACUUUUUUUUACCCCCAUGUGCUGAGCUUGUAUAUUGUGUACAUACAUAAAAAUAAAAAAUAAAUGCACACAA